AUGAUGGUUUUCGAGUCCUCGGAGGUGCACCACCACUCCACCGAGCCAAGCGCCAAGUUUCGACACCUCCAGCAUCGUGGGCAAUACACUCGAACGAUUCGAACGCCGCCAUCAUUUCUGUGGUUACCAAACACUUUUCUCGUGAACGUCGGUCCAUACGACAGGGGAAAUCGAUUACCGACGUUGCCGAUGGCUUCCCCUCCAGUAGAAGGAGAGAAGUUCGCGUUACUGCACGAGCCUGGCGUCUGCCUUGCAUUGGCGAAGGGUUUAAUCCCUGAGAAUGUUUCUAAGCAUCCAUUAUUCGCUCAACUUGGACCAAAACAUGUCCUAGUGCUGUCCCUCGUCGGAUGUAUCCAGCACGAACCACUUCGAGGCACCCAGUCUGUGGACGACCGAUUGUCUGUGUCCUGGGUCUCUCACGCUCGGCAUAUCGAGAUGUUGGCCUCGCCAUCGGGUACGCAAGGGAGGAUCGUGAAGAGCUUCCAUCCAGAACUUCUCCACAAAUGCGUGCAAGUCAACCAACGAACCUUGCGCGAGUCGCUCUGGGAGUUGACCUUUGCAAUAGCGACGAAUCUCGUCCUGAAGAGCAAAUUUCAAGGAUCUGAUAUCUCGAAACUCCGUUCUGCGGUCUUGAGAGCUAUGGCGGUUUGCGGAAAGUCGUUAGGAGGGUCGAAAUCCCCAAAGUACGUCCAAAGCUUGGGACUCUGGCGCAAACCUUUGGCAAAAGCGACCUUUUUCAAUCGAGAUAUACACACAAUCACAUUGGUCUUUAACGAAUUAAUAUUGACAUGUAUUGAAAUCAUUUCGGCAUACCUUGGUUUCUGA